AAAAUGGGAUUUUAUUUUUUUGCCUUUACAUGCCCUUUAAGCUCUGCUUUAACAUUAAUAGCAUAUAAGCUUUUCUUGGUUGCUGUAGAUUUUCUCAUUGUAUACUACAAUAAUCCGAUCUCUCCCUUACCAUCUCCAGAUAUUUUCCAUGAUGAUUGGGUAUCAGAAUAAGAUGCACUUUGCGUUUUUUCUCUGUACUUACUAUAAAGUGAAGGUGGCCAUUCAUAAGCUGAUAGCUUCAGUGUCUGACAGGACAGGUCAGCAGCAUCUAUGUAUUUCUACACCAAUAUCUGCUUUACUGCUGUAACUGUCAGUGCAGAAGAAUAGCUGAGCAGAUGGGAGAGCAUCAACUUCUUACCAUCUGAGGGGAAAAUCUAGGUGGAAAUAGCAUAAAGGGGUCCACAGAUUGGACCUUCUAGUGAAGUAUAACGGAUAAGUUUUAGUGCAUACAUUGAAGUCGUAUGGAAUCUGUAUUUAUGCCAAGUAUACAGUACUUAAAAUUGAAGGAGACAGUCUGAGAUUACCAAUCCAGAGAAAGCAAGGUUUCUGUCCUUCCCUAAAACUAGCUAUGUGGUACUGUUUCCAGAAUUAUUUGUUAUUCUAUUGUACAUGUACCUUGUGUAGCUGGAUCAAGGUAGAGCAGGUCUGGGGCAGCAGGUCUUUGAGAUUGAAGGCUGCUUUUCUUGUUGUGUUACAAAUUAGUUCUUAUAUUUGAUUUACCACCAGUGGGUAACAAGUGUUUAGAUGGACUCCAGCUCUGUGACGAAAACAUUGAUAAAUGAAAUACCACCAAAUAUACACCUUCUUCAUCCUAUUUUUUUGAUUCAACUUGUUUUUUAUAUUUAAAAGAGAACAAAUCCUACCUUCCACCCAGUCCCCCUCCACAGGCCUCCUUCCCCACCUCCAAACUGUACUACUUGCAGGUCUGGUCUGAGAAUUAAAAUAGGCCCUGGCAUUUCAGGUACCCAGAGGCCCAAUCAGCCUCCACCAGGUCACUAAAUACUGACUUUCUAUGGCACCUUAUAGCAGCCCUCAGAUUGCCAGUCCGGGCCUGACUACUUGUUAGUUUCACAACUACACCAAUCUGUGGACCUGGCUAAAAAAAGUGGAGUAGAACAUCUUUGGGUCGUUUCUCUGAGAGCAUGCCACAAAAGAAUGUACAGUUGAAGCCAAUCAUAAAAAAGUGGACCUAAAGCUGCAUGAGAUGGCACAACAACCCUGCUGUGCUACACCACGUUUUUUUAGCUAUUGUAGGUUCACAGAGACCCCAACAGUGUUUACACUAGACGGAACAUAACUUUUAUUUUAAGCAGCAAUGGUGGUUCUUCAUAGUGAGGACAGCGAGGUGAUGUUGUAAUGGCAGGUUCUAUUUAUGCCUUUUAAGAGUGACUUGGAUGAUCUCUUAGACAAGCAUAAUAACAUAGGCUAUUGUGAUUACAUCUAUAAUAUAGAUUAUAUAUAUUAUAUAUAUAUUUCCACUGUGUGUUGUCUGUUUCUAAAGUCAAUGUAAAUAAUGUUUUAUUUUACUGUUACAGAAGUAUCAGACAGCUUGAAAGCACUUGAGAUGUUUCCACGGUUAAAAAUUUCCCUGCUCUAUGUCCUUUCCUUAUUAUUGUUUGGACUUUUUAUUUACUUGCACACCAAGUCAAGUAUAAAUUCUGUGACUCCUAUGAAGGAGGAUGCCCCAAAGGAAGAUCUCACUUUCUGGGAUGCUGCACCAAGAACAUUCACCAGGUGUUACCCAAAACCAUUAAACCUCAGUGCUUCAGCAUCUCUUCCUGAGCCUCACAGUUUAUUCCUUAUGUAUAAGCAUUGCAGGAACUUUUCAACUCUAUUGAAGCCACGUAAAUGUGAGGACACUUUUUUAUUAUUGGCUAUCAAGUCUUUGCCUAUCAACAUAGAGAGGCGCAUUGCAAUUAGAAAUACUUGGGGGAAGCAGCAGGACAUUCAGAGCAAGAAGAUUAAGCUGCUUUUCCUGCUUGGCAAGACCGAGGCCACUUUACCAGCUAAAUCACUACAUCAACUCUUGUUUUAUGAAAGUACAGAAUUUAACGACUUAAUCCAGUGGGAUUUUAUGGACAACUUCUUCAACCUUACACUAAAGGAAAUCCAUUUUCUAAGGUGGUUCAACAAAGAAUGUUCACAUGCCAAGUUUGUGCUGAAAGGGGAUGAUGAUGUUUUUAUUAACACCUACAACAUUGUUGAAUUUCUCGAAGGCCUGAACCCAGAUAAAGACCUCUUUGUUGGUGAUGUAAUUACUAAUGCGGUUCCUAUCAGGAACUCAAAAGUGAAAUAUUUCAUCCCGCAUUCUAUGUAUAGUGCACCUCUGUAUCCUUUGUAUGCAGGAGGUGGGGGCUAUGUCAUGUCUAGAAAGACAACCAAAGGCUUGCUCGCUUCUGCUGAAACCACUGACCUUUUCCCCAUUGACGAUGUGUUUGUGGGAAUGUGCCUUGAAAAAAUGAAUGUAAAACCACAAUUUCAUGCUGGUUUCAAAACCUUUGGAAUACAAAGACCAGGGAAUCCUUUUGAUGCAUGUUUAUACAAAGGCCUGAUGGUUGUUCACAAGCUAAAUCCCACAGAGAUGUGGAUCAUGUGGUCCUUGGUAAAAGAUGAAGAAAUGCGUUGUGCACAAUUUAAAAGCACCUUGUGAAAAACGAGUGCCAAAGUCAAAAGGAUUUGUGCUAAAAUAGAAACACUGAAACCCUUAAAAAUGCUAAAAAUCUAAUAUAGACUUUUUUUAAAAAUAUUUUUUCUGUAUUAUUUAUAAGUCUUAAUUGGGUAGAAAUGCCAUAUUAAGCACAAACACACUUGCAUUACUUUACAGUGGGCUCUCUGGUAUUGUUGACUCAUCGAAUGGCACAAUCUUUUUGGCAGGUGGAAUCUUUCUUGAUAAAACAAUUUCAGAAUAUAGGAAAUAUGGAUAAUUUGCAUACAUUUCAACAAAAGUUUGCACAAAUUGUAUUUCUAAGCAUAAAAUUCACUUUGGAGAGCUUAUCUCUAACUACUGCUCUAAAAAAAAAUCCCUUGGAAAGGGAUUUUGGUAAGGGAUGCAACUGGGUAGUACACUGUUUGUACAGUGCCUGUGUAUUCCUUGGAAAUAUUUACCUACCACCAAAACCAUGCUUUGUAUUUUUAUAGCCACCUUUCAGAAUAUUGCAUUGAUGUGUUGAGAAAGGCACAGCUUUAACCAUCUUGCACCAUUCUCUGAGAGCUGAACAAUGAAAAGCAGCAGGAUGAAGAAGAAUGAUUCCUUCUACUACCUCUUAAUUCUGAAAGGGACUAGACCAAAACAGAUUUUAAAAUAUUCUUUUUUUUUUAAAAAAAAAAAAAAAAAAGUUUUACCUAAUGCAUUUGUACAUAGGGCGAGUUUUUGUACUUGAAAUUCUCUUCUUUUAUUGUAAAGGUAUGGAACCUGUUAUCCAAGGUUUUUGUACUUGAA